AGGCGCCUAGUGAUUUUUAUCAAAAUGAUGACAUCUAUUCUGGGUGUGGCCGUGAAUUGGAUGGAGUAUAAUGAGCUUAGGGAAGAAGAUACAGCUUCAGCCCAUUUGCUCCUGAGUUUGUGCGAGGCCAGGAUGUUUGCAUCGGCUUUUCAGUUUGUGGUGAGAUUGUGUGAUGUUCUGAGGACUCCACAUCGUCAGCCUGGUCCUCCCGAGUCGCUACGACAGCAGCACCAGAACCUGAACGCUCGCGAAGUUGUUCUUCAGACUCUCCAACAUAACCUUCAGACUCUCCAACAUAACCUUCACACUCUCGAGACCACACUCACCCAGAAGGACAACGAUCUGAGAGUGCUGAGCACCGAGCUUGAUGGUACGCAGAAGACGCUGGAAGACCAGACCGCUUCGCUCCUCACUAACCGGAGGGACCUUGAUCAGACUCGGCAAGGGCUGAUUGCACGUGAAGCACGACUGGUCGCAUCCGAGACGGCGCUGCAGCAACUCCAUAACCAGCUUGUCAAUCGACGUGAAGAGUUGAUAGACCUGCAAAUCCAAGUCGUGCAUCUCACUAUGCUGCUCGACGAGAUGAAUGGCAUUGUCGUGCCACCAGCUGAAGCUCCGCUGCAGCCUCUGCCACCUGCUCGGGCUGGCCCCGGACCAGGACUCCAAGCCCUGAUUCUCCAGUACGGUACCAUGGCCCCUCAAGUCGUUGGAGGGAUUAACCGCCGCAUUGGUGCAGCUCAAGGCCCAGCUCAAGGCGCUGCUCAAGCCCCAGCUCAAGGCGCUGGCGCUGAUGAUGGUGUCCCUGCUAAAGGAGCGGCUCAAGCUCCAGCUCAAGGCCCUGGCGCUGCUCAAGUCCCAGCUCAAGGCGCUGGCGCUGCUGAUGGUGCCCAAGGCGCUGCUCAAGCCGGUGCUGGUCAAGACGUUCACGGCGCUGCUCCAGAUGUGGAGUGAUUCUCGAAACGACACCAAACCAGCCAGCGUGACUUAUCGACUCCGACCAAGUUCUUCUAUUAUACUCUCUCCGUUCCAAAAUAGAUGAUUGGGUCAUUUAUUUUGAAACAGAGAGUAGUAUUUUACUGCUUGCAGUGAACUUCUUAUAUAAGUCUGCUAGUGGAUUUGGUAACGCUAAGUUGCUCUCUUGUGAGUCUAGUACUCUGAACCA